AUGGAGCCCAGCCCUUCGGAACCCAUCUUCGCCCGCGUCGCCGACCUGCGCGUCUGCACAGCGCCAAACUGCCCCUUCACACCCUCCCCGCACCUCUCCGUGCACCUUCACGACGUGCCGCUCGCGCGGGGCAAUGCGACCGCGCUCUCCUACGUCUGGGGCGAAUUCAACCGGGGUCCCAUCACCGUCGGCCACGCGGCCACCUCCGCCACCCGCACCUUCAGCCUCGAGAUCGGUAGCGAAUGGGUCGUCAGCGACCUGCUGAACCGGCUGGUCGAGCUGUGCGCCGAGCGGCCCGUCUGGAUGGACCAGUUCUGCAUCCCGCAGAAGGAAGACGAGAUCGUGCGCACGCUGGCCAGCAUCCCGACGAUCUACCGCACGUUUGACGUCGUCGUGCUGAUGCCCGGCGCGCCGUGCGGGUGUUUGCGCGAGCACAUGCGCGACCUCGCGGGGGUCGAUUUGGCGAAUUUCGAGCCGGAUAUGAUGCGAGUCUUAAUGCCGAGUCGGCAGAGGAUGCUGUCGUGUUUCAAUUCGAUUGCGCCGUCGUCGUGGAUGGGGCGGAUGUGGCCGCGGCAGGAGUUGAUGUAUGCGGAGCAGGUGCGCUGCGUGUGGGUGGGGCGAGAGGAAUCGGCAUGCGUGAGGGCGAAAGAUGAAAACAGGGAUAUGAGCAAGCUGGCGCCGUUUUUGUAUUGGUUUUACACCACGCUGGUUGAAGGAGGGUGUCCUGAGCGGAUUGCGCUGCGGCGGAUGGAGCUGCUCGUCCUCCAGGUCGAACUCGAGAACACGGCGGAGCUGAAGAAAUAUGUCGAGGGAUUCACGCCUCCUUCGAUGAAGAAUAUUGACUCCUACUUUCGGUUCCUCUCGGGAGAGACGCUACGGAAAGGCGGCGUGUUACCGAGCAACAACGAUGGUUCCCCCGAAGGUCAGGGUGUGGGACGCUUCUUUUACGACAUGGGGCAACUUUCCGCUGGACGCCUGGGCCCGUAUCGACGGGCGACGCGAUCGCGAGAUUACGUCAUAUCCGUCUGGACUUCUUGUCCCGGAUAUGUCAUUCCCUCGGGCUACAAGACGAUGACGACAGCAGAUCUGUUCCAAGACGCAAUUGACCAGCUAUGUGUGAAUCACGGCGUCAUGCUGGCAACCAGUGCACCCCAAGGCCUCUUCGAAGACACAAGGACCGGGUCCGCACUAUGGAAGCCAGCAUACUACCUUUCGUCAAUGACAGUUCAUAACGCAUCUAUGGUUUACAGCGCCAUCGGGCACAAAGGCAUCCACUCCAACAUUGGCCCAUCUCAGGAGAUCUAUCUGAAGAACCUGAAUGUAGAAAAUUUGCCGCUCUCCGCGGGCGCAAAGGACUGGCAGGCCCUCAUUAAAGACAUUCCUGAAAAUCCGUCUGGGAAGGCUCUGGUGGACCUGUUCCACUCCAUCAUCAAACACUGGGGCGACGAGAAAACAGCCGGCGCGUUCCGCAUGAUCGAUGAACAGUACUACAACCAUGCAUUCAUCUACAUUCAGCAGGUUAAAGACGGACAAGGCAUCCCGAAAAUAUCAGCUGCUCAGUCUCGACGGCUAGCGUUGCUGCACAUGCUCUUCGAGAAGAACAACCACAUGAAGAAGUUCGACUGGGGGCCCGUCGGCUUCGACAGAACUUCUGUCGGUCCCGACGAGCUAUACCAUUUCAUGCACCAGAUUCUCAGCUCGGCUCUCGGUCUCGACAUGGGCGUCUGUUGGAACGAAGGUAUCAAGCUCAUGUUCUCUGCGACGGAUGGCGGUGGGGAUCGGCCACCACGCAUCGGCUUCUUCAGGAAGGAUGUGGAUCUUGACGCGAUCUCUAAGAGGGCGGCAGAGGGAAGGGGACAGGAAGUGUUGACCGUUAGAGUAGGAGAUGAGACCUUCCAUGAAUCGCUACUUUUCGAAGCUCAACGGGUGCCAAAAGAGGGAUCAUUGCCGGCAUACCAAGUAUUCGGCAUCUGGGCACCGACGAACUUGACUGCAAAAGAAGAUUAUGGAGCAUUGGAUUUUGGUUCGGGGACUGACAAGGGAACCGAGUUUGAGGCGAUUCUCUGUUAG